GCGGUAUGGAGACGAAUGGUGAAGGGAAGAGAGUGUACGAGAGGGAAAGAGAAAGAAGGAGAACGAGAAAACGAAAACCAGCAAAGACACUCCGGCAUACAGCCUAGUGAGCGUAGUGCUGUGUGAGCGUUCAUACGACAUAGUUGCAUUUAUUCAUUCGUUCGACGAUCGUUUGCUGUAUUACAUGUGCUCCGUCAAUCGCUACGGCUUAAAACAUACAGAUUUCAGCCUGUAGUUAAACGAACAACAACGAGAAGAAAAAAAUAAAUAAUUUCUCUGAAACAAAAAUGACCGAAAUGUGAAUUUUAGAAAUAACUCGAAAUCUGAUAUAUUUUUCGCGGAAACAAAAAGUUGAAAAAAAAAAACAAAUUCAAGUGACUUUGGGUGCAAAAAUAAUAACAAAGCCUACGAAUGACUCUAGAAAUUAUGUUGUUGUCAUUGGUAUCGUUGUCUCAAAAUUCUCGAUUAAAAAUAGCCACGGUUUUUCUCUACAUCGGUAUCAAAAGCCAAAAUGAAAUGCAAAUGAUAGGCGCAUACCAUUUCGUGUAGUUGAAGUGUGUUUGUCUGUCGAAUGAACGUGAAAAAAAACCAUACGAAUUUUGUCGGGUCGAUGAAACGAAUCGUUUUAUUUUAUUGUUUUGAAUUGAAUAUGGUGAAACCUGUGACAUGACCCCCCACACAAAAAUAAGAAACCACACCGAAUUUGGGCUAUGAAUUCCGUUUUUAUUUUCGAUUUUAAUUGAGUGUGUUGUGUGGCACAAGUGAACAGGAACUGGAAGCCGUCACAAAUGACAGCAUGAAAACGUAACAAUAAAUUUUAAACACUUGGCGCGUAUCAAAUGAUCACGAGAGAGUGAUAGACAGAGAGAGAGAGAGAGUGAAAGAAAAAAGAAAAAGCACGCAAGACAAACCGCGAAUCGGGAUAUCAAAAAAAAGGAAGCAUCAAUUUGUACGUGUGAUGCAUUACAAUUUAUCAUAAUUGGUUUCGAUAUCCAGCACAGCAUAUCCGAAUUGGUCACAUACACACAGCAUAAUUGAACGUUAAAUGAAAAAGGGGGCAUUCAAUUGAGUGCAAACGAACGGCCGUCAUCCCAUUUUUUUUUAGAUAUGUGGUAGACUCAUUGGCGAGUUUCAUCGACAUCGAAAGUGAUCAAAGCGCUUUAAUGCGUGUCAGAGUGUGAUCGAACGCAGAAGUGUGGUCAUUUUCUUAUCGACUGGAACAGAACAGAACCAUAGAAACAACAAACUGUGUAUUGUGUGAAGCACGAUCCAAAACGAUUUCGAUACUUUUUCCUUGCCAUUGUUCCCUUUGAUUGAACACAGGACAGAGAAAAAAGUGCAAGUCUGUUUGCAUUUAGCUAGAGAAAAAAAAUACCGUGAAAAAAGUAAUAAUCAAAUAAACAAUGGAUAAUUUGUUAUCACCACAUUUUGAUAAAUAUCAGAAUACUACCAUGACUCCGAUAGUGUAUCCAAACUCAGCCACCAUAUUUGCGGCCAUAUGCGCAUGCGUCUUCGUCGUUGUCGGCAUUGCGGGCAAUCUCAUUACGAUCAUUGCGCUGCUUCAACAUCAAAAACUGCGAGGACAUGCAACCACUGCUUUUGUGCUAUCGCUAUGCAUAUCCGAUUUGCUGUUCUGUUCCUUUAGUAUGCCACUGACAGCGGUUCGAUACAUAAAUAAGGCGUGGACGCUAGGAGAAACACUCUGUAAAAUAUUUCCAGUGAUUUUCUACUCAAAUGUGGCCGUCAGUCUACUAAGUAUGGUUGGGAUCACAUUAAACAGAUACAUUUUAAUCGCACAUCAUCACCUGUACACUCGCUUUUAUCGACCGCACAUAAUUGCAUUGCAAUUAUUUUUAGUGUGGUUCAUCGCCUUUUUGACAAUGGUGCCGCCGAUCCUGGGUGUUUGGGGAACGCUUGGCCUGGAUGAGCAGACAUUCUCAUGUACAAUACUCAAAAAAGAUGGCAGAUCAAUUAAGAAAUUCCUGUUUGUUGUCUGUUUCCUACUUCCCUGCAGUGUCAUCAUUAUUUCAUACUCGUGCAUUUACUACACGGUCCGAAAGCAACGACAAAAGUUAAACAAACACAUCUGCAACAGUGCGGCGAUCACAAGUGCCACAGCAUCAUCCAAAUCAAUGGGUUUGCCAGCUGCACGUGAACGUGAAGAUAGCCGCUUGACGGCCAUGAUGUUGACCAUCUUUAUCUGUUUCGUGUUAUGUUUCCUGCCAUUGAGUAUUGUCAACAUUUUCGAUGACAAGCAUCAGUAUCCGUGGCUAAAUACGGUCGCUUCAGUACUUGCUUGGGCAUCGAGUGUCAUCAAUCCAUUCAUCUAUGCGGCGAGCAAUCGAACCUAUCGAGUGGCCUAUUUCAAACUAUUUUCCGCCAUGAAAUUCUGGGGCGAACCCUUGAGUCCGAUGCCGAGCAAAAGUUUUUUACCCAGCAAAGGCUCACGUGACAACGGUUCCAAUGGGAAUUUCAACGGAAAAGCCUAAUUAUUAAAUUCCAAAAUCUGAAAUUUUUGCCAUUUGUUAACGUUAGAUAUUAAAUCUAUUUCAUUUGGUUUUCGUUUUCCUCAAAAAAUCAAUCGAGUUUCGUCGAGUUGAAAAACAUACGAGAUUUAAGUCAUUGAAUUUCAUUUUUGGUACUACUUUAUACUAGCUUUAAUUUAGAUUUUACGUGAAAUGACUAAAAACUGGUUGAAAUUGCAUUGAAAUUACUUAGAAUACCAGGAAUUACGGUUUUUGCUUUUCGAAACAAAUAGUGAUUAAUCAAGCGAUCAACAUACCAACACGUUUUUGAUAUUGAUGAAAGACAAUUUUUAAAUUAUUUGAAUAAAGUUUGCACGGUUUUAAUGUGAAAGCCGUUCUGAGUCUAAGCAGGAGAUUCCAUUAUAUUGUCAGUACAAAAGGGUGUGUAUAUAUAUAUAUAGCAUUCAUUAGGCUAACCGAAGAUUAUUGUCUAGAGACAACAUAAUUUUCUCUUUCUAACCUACUUCUACUCUAUUCAUUAAGUCUGGACGCCAUUCAUAAUGAGCCAAAGAAUACAUUCAUCUGAUUUUAGAA